ACGGGCUGCCUCAACCAACAGGCAGCAGCAAAUAUUUAACGUAUUUCCAGUUGACCGUCGCGGCGGCACGACGCGUCGAACGCUGUAUUAUCUGUGACAUCUACCUGACGUAAAUAUUAUAGUGCCUGCACGAUAACAAAAUGGAUUUAAGCGUCGAGGAGUAUAUCGAUGUCCUCUUUUCGAAAGAGUCGACGGAAAAACCAUCAGACACAAAAAGACCUGAAGAGUUGGAGAUUAGCAUACCGGAAUGGUACGAUGAAAAAAAAUUUAACCAAGCUCGACGAUUUUAUUGGGACCAUUGUUUUCAAUUCAGUAGUUCAAUGAUGGUGGGUCUUGUCGCGGUAUUUGCAGUACCCUCAAUACUCAAAAUCCUCAUAAGUACUAGAAGGUCUAACUCAGUGUAUACAUCAUAUAGAAGAUAUUUGUCUACUGUCCUUCACACUGUGUCUUGGUUUGAACACGAGUUUAAGCCUGGAAGUAUAUCUUGGAAAUCAUUAAUGGCAGUCCGCACUCGACACGUAAAAGCGAGUUUAGCGUCUAAAAUUAAGGGAGUAGGAAUAAUCUCCCAAAGGGAUUUGGCCAUAACUCAAUUUGGAUUCAUCGGUAUAUCAUUAUUAAAGCCAGAUAAGUUCGGCAUUCAACAACUACAACCAGGUGAUUGGGAGGCCUAUAACCAUUUUUGGAGAACGAUCGGCUACUCUAUCGGCUUAGAAGAUAGGUACAACAUUUGUCGUGCUACUUUCCAAGAAACCCGAGAAGUUUGUAAUAUUCUCAAACAGCGUGUAUUCACACCUUGCCUAACGAAUGUACCAGAAUAUUUUGAGCACCUCUCGCGUUGCUUGCUUGAUGCCAUGUGGUGUGUUAAUCCUACAAUUAACAUUGAAGGAUUGCUAUAUUUAACGAAGCACCUUAUGGAUGUGCCUGGCUACGUUUAUACAGAAACAGAAAGAGCCAACUUACAAGACAAAAUAAGAAACAUGCUUGGCGGACAGUCGGAAGAUAUUGGUGUUGAUGUCAACAGAUUCAUAUUAGAACCUGCUGUAGAGGGGUGUCCGAAACCAUCGUCAAGGCUUCUGUACCUACGUCACUAUGAUAGUAUCGAAACUAUCCCUGAAUAUAAAAGUCUGCCUUUCGCUGGCAAAUACAGAUUAGCUUUGCUCAACCUAUUUUCUGCAUUCUAUACGACUUUCUUGGGAAGGUUAUAUUUAAACAUAAAUUUUAGAGUCACUGUAUUUCUCCUAAAAUAUUUUCCCUUUUUAGCGUUUCCGCGAUUCGGGUUUUAUGCUUCAUUUGUUAAUGUUUUUGAAGAAGACCCGACUGAUGAUACCGUGGUCAAACCAAACUCGGAAUAUUAUAAACCAAAGCCUAAAGAACCGUGGUAUAGAGCAUAUCUACCGUUCUAAUCGUUUUUAAUAUAUAGUUGCUAAAAGCAAAAAACUUGUUAAAAACAGGUUGUGGCGUACAUAAAAACUUGAUAUUUUCGAUAAAAAAUUGUUCGGGAAAAUAAAGGACAUGAAAGGUCAAAAUAUUUAAGAUAUUCCAUUCUUAUUUUGUGGUAGAAAUACAGCAGUAUUAUAAACAAUGCUAUGUAGAAGUAAAAACUUCUCACAUUGUUAUUAUUCAGACGGUUAUGUAAUUUAUAUCAGGUACGAUAGUGCUUUUUUUGCCUUUGAUUUUAUAUUUUAUACAACCCAAUGACGAAUACGAAAGAGAUCGUAAGGAUUAUUAUCUUUAUACACAUAGGAAUGACAAUGUGACAAUAUAUGAAAAUAAUAUUUACAAUCCAGUAAUUAAAUAUGGAAUAUUGAAGUUUUUAAUUAGAUUGUAUUACCACAUUUACAUCGAAGGGAUUUUUAUUAUCCAAUCUAAAUUCACGUAUUUCUCGCUACUGUAUUACAAUUAUCUAUUAUUAUAAUUAGCAAUAAAUUCACUUUGAAAGUAAUGUAGAGUUAGAAAAUGGUGUUUUUGACUAGUCUAGUUUAGUCAGGAUCUUCCAAGAGCUUUGUAUUGUAAAUAUUUAAAUCGAUAAUAAAAUUAAAGAUUUUAAAACUCAUUUUGAAUUUAACCCUAAGUCUACUAGUGAUAGAAUGUGUAAAUUUUAAUCUAAAUGUGCAUAGUUCGUCCCGGCUGAACACUUGUUCAGUUAGCGACAUCGCUUCCUCGAACGGUAAAAGAAAAAUCGUGAGGAAUUUGGCAUAUUUUAAGUCGAAAAUCGAUUAUGUUUUUCAGCAACAGAGUAUACACUU